CAGGAGCUCUUGCUGAUACCUGUUGCACACAGUAAUGUCAGUUUUGUGUUACUGUGGGAGUUGCAAGGAAACAUGAUGAACGAAACAAACUUAACUCUAGUCGAGGAUGAUGUUGGCUUACGAGUGAUAGAAGGCAUAGCCUUCGUGAGUAUAACUCUCCUGAUUCUCACCGGGAACUGCCUUUGCCUCCUGGUCUUAAGACUCGCCCGGGACAUGAACCAUGUCACCCGGGUGCUACUCAUCUCACUGACCGCGGCAGACCUGCUCAUGGGGACGGUAGUCGCUGCGCCGGUGCUGGGUACUGUCAUCACCCACGGCUGGCCGUAUGGGUACGUCUUCUGUGCCAUCUCAGCCUCCGGGAAUCAGAUCUGCGCCACUACGUCUCUGUUCUCGCUCCUCCUGAUCAACGCCGAGCGGUAUAUCUGCAUCUGUCGCCCGUUGAGGUACCCUAGUAUAGUCACGGUCAACCGAGCCCGGGUUGCUGUCGUCUGCGUGUGGGUCUUUGCUCUGUUCCUUGGUCUCUCCAACUGCUUCCUCCCCGGCAGAAUUGCCAACUAUCAUGAGUACCUCCACUCGUGUUUCUUCGACCCUUUGUCCGGUGAGCCGGACGUCAUGGGCACGCUGUGUGUAAUUCUCUUUGUCUUCGCGCCCUUUCCAGUCCUCAUCUUGAUGUACAUCCGCAUCUUCGUGAUCGCUCGUCGUCACGCUAAGGAUAUGGAGGCUCGAGCCAUCGCCAUGUACGAGCAAGCUCAGCGACUCAGCCUACAGGAGAACGGCCGGGUCAGCUUGGACCAAGGACGACGGAGAUUCUUCCCCGAAUACAAAGCCGCCAAAACAUUCGGCAUCAUUACUCUCACGUACGCAAUGGCAUGGAUGCCUUUCUUCAGCAUCGUCAUCUACGAGAACCUCACAAUGACAAAAGCCCCACGAGGUUUAACCGUUACAGCAUCGUGCAUGGCGUUAUCUAACAGUUGGUUAAACGUUCUCGUCUAUUACGCCCGCAAUGCAAUUUUCCGGACAACGGCAAAGAGAAUGUUGUCUGGACGUCGUCACCGUUAUUCAGCUUCUAGUAAUAGAUUCUGACAUUUUCAGUGUACGUAUAUCAAUUUCAGACUGAGCAUUUUAAAUAUUUAGAAUUCAUAACAUAUAUUCUUCACUUCACCGAUAUAUCUGAUUGUCGACUUCUGAAUGGCCUCCUUCACUCUCCUUGACAAAUUUGUUUUCAGAUGUGUCCGUUUGGGUUAACUUCAUGACAAAAUAGAUGCAGUGGAUGCAAUUGGUUGUUUUCAAUAGUUAUUUGAAGAAAACAAAAUCGGCUUCCGUACAGUAUGUAUAUGAGACAAUGCAAAAUAUGUGACAAUUAACUGCUUGGUUUUCAAUAGAACUAAAGUUGCUUUGACCAAAUUAAUGUUUACUUACAAGCCAGGCUGUUCAAACAUUAAAAAGACGUAGACCUAAAUAUUAUCUCGAUGUAUAUCCCAACAGAAUAACAAAACUUGAAAACCAAACAAAAACACCUCCCUAAAGAGUCAAAUUACUCUACCAUUUAGCCUGCAUUGGAUAUUUUGUGCAUGGUAAAUCGUACCUAAUGCGGUUCAUUGACGAGUCACAGGAGGUUAAUAACGUUGUACUUACCAAGGUUACUUUAGAUUGGCUUCCUAAUUCGAUUUUGAUUAAAUAUCUUGUUAGGUAAUUUAAUGGACAUGAUUGUGUUAUUCUCUUAAAUGACUCAGUGCAAGGCCCAUUACUGUGAUGACCCGCUCAUUUUGGUCAGGCUUUUACCGAGCUAACGUGGAUGUCGCACCCGCUAUAUAAAAAACAUACAUUUUUCGUAAACUUUUUUUCCUUUCUUGACUUAUUCAAGUUACGCUGCCUGGUAACUUUAAACAAAAGACUGGUAUCAUCAGUAAACACAAUAUACUGUUGAACCGUGUAGGAUGAUAUUCUGUGCAUGUAAAUGUUAAACAAAAAUAUUCCCAUGGCGAUCGAACGCUUCUUUUUACGUGGUUUUACCUUUGCAAACUGCAAGUUUAUGAUUGUCAGUUCUGGUAUUGUAUUGUGGCUAGCUAUCUGAUACAGUUGUACAGCGAUCGGCGUAGGCAUAUCAGUAAUAAUACAUGACCUCUACACCUGAUAGCUGUUGACAAGAGAUACAUAUUCCUGUUUUAUUCGCAGAACAAAACUAAAGAUCAUAGUCAUUGUCGUAACAAUAAUACUACUGUCCUUUGUUGGCGUGUUCAGAAACAGCGAGUUAGAAUUGAUAAAUAUUUAAUACCGUACUUACUAUGGUGCAUUGACUCUGAAACUUAUCAUCUGUCACAGAUGUGGUAGUAUUUUUGCUCUUGAUAACAUUCUGUCUUUUUGGUUUUUACUGGUUAGGCCCUAUUGAUUUUUGUUGUCAAAGGCAUAUUUCUUAUUUAA